CGACACCUCACACUAAACGGAUACUAAAUGAAGGACAUGGGGUAGCAUAUGAGUUUGCAGUGUUAGCAAGAUCUUAAAUAUCCUGAGUAACCCGAGCUGCAGUUUCAUCUUUCGGAAUGGCAGUAUCGUUCAUUUCCCGUGCUUUGAAUGCGCUUUCCUUCACCCUCAGCUCAAAGUUCAUCUCAUCUCCGGUUUUAGUGAACGCUGCACUGAAUGCACAGGCAGGUAGAAAUGCACUUCUGGCCAUACCGCCUGCCAGCAUCUCGCUGACACACAUACGAGGGUUCCUCACAACAGCGCCUGUGUGGCAGAACAGAACACUGUGGAAGCAGAGCGACAAGUACACGAUUCGACCCAUUGGGGUUAAGAAGACUGGGGGAAGAGAUCACACCGGCAAGAUCAGGAGGCAUGGGAUUGGAGGGGGCCACAAGCAGAGAUAUCGCAUGAUAGACUUCCAACGCCUGCGAUAUGAACCGGGCAAGGAGGGCCAGCUAAUAGAAGAGAGGGUUAUUGAAGUCCGAUAUGAUCCGUGCAGAACAGCAGACAUUGCCCUGGUUGCUGGAGGAAACCGCAAGCGUUGGAUCAUUGCCACAGAGAACAUGCAGGCUGGAGACCUGAUCAAAACCUCAACUGAGAUUGGACGGAUGGCAGUAUUGGCUAAUGAGGGUGACGCCCAUCCUCUGGGGGCCCUUCCUAUUGGGACUCUCAUCAACAACUUGGAGCUGUACCCAGGCAAAGGAGCCCAGUACAUCCGUGCUGCAGGCACUUGUGGUGUCUUACUUCGCAAAGUGAAUGGGACAGCAAUCAUUCAGCUGCCUUCCAAACAUCAAAUUCAGAUAUCAGAAAUGUGCAUGGCCACUGUGGGCAAGGUGUCCAACAUCGACCACAACAAGCGCGUGAUUGGGAAGGCGGGCCGUAACCGCUGGCUGGGCAUCAGGCCGUCCAGCGGCAAGUGGCACAGGAAGGGCGGCUGGGCAGGCCGCAAGAUCCGACCCCUGCCACCCAUGAAGUGUUACGUCAACCUGCCCUCUGUAGCUGCCAAAUCAUAAGUGCUAGAGGGAGAGGAAGCAAGAGCAACUGUUCCUAUAGGCUGGAGUCACAAUUCAGGCUGUGUAUGUGUUCAGAGAGUCAGUUGCCUUUCUCUAAGGUUUGCCAACAAAGUCGAAUAAAAUGCAAUAAAUCCUGUGUUUAAAUGUGCAGCACAUGCUGCUUUGUCAAAUAUAUUUGAACGUUAGUCAACUGCUCUGUCCUUGAAAGAUGGGGUGGAGUGAAAGGUACCCACAGGAACUUGGAAGUAUUUUAUUAAUUAAACACAGAAUGGAAAGAAAUAAAAUAUAAAAUUUUGUACAUUUGUCAUACACAUGCAAAGAUUAUGCCAAGUUUUUCCCAUUAGUGGUAGACUUAAAAGUACAACCAUAAUUUCAAACA